ACAAGCGGAGUAGAGAACUGGCUCAUUGGCUGACCGUAGCUUUUGUAGCCUACAACCCAUAUUUUAUUGUUAUUAGGUGCUGGAGGAUCCUGUGUUUGGUUGUCGAAAAGCGACACGGCUACCAAGAAACGGUAGCAUGAUAGUCGUGGAGGUGGGGGCCCAGCUGGCAGGAAAAGACGGCCCGUAUCUGCGUUUCAAUCCUGCGCCUACACCGAAUCCAUUGAGUCGGUAACAACGAGCAGCAACACCAGCAGUGUCCGACAUGGGGAAGGAGGUGAACGGUGUUUCCCGGAGCCGGUUUGAGAUGUUCACAAACAGUGAUGAGGCAGUAAUCAAUAAGAAACUGCCCAAGGAGCUCCUGCUGCGAAUCUUUUCUUUUCUGGAUGUGGUGACGCUCUGUCGCUGUGCCCAGGUCUCACGGUCCUGGAAUGUUUUAGCCCUAGAUGGCAGCAACUGGCAACGAAUCGACCUCUUCAAUUUUCAGAGGGACAUCGAGGGUCGGGUGGUGGAGAACAUCUCAAAGAGAUGUGGAGGUUUUCUUCGCAAGCUGAGCCUGCGAGGGUGUCUGGGUGUCGGAGACAGCGCCCUGAGGACGUUCUCACAAAACUGUAGGAAUAUUGAGCUGCUCAGUCUGAACGGCUGCACAAAAAUCACUGACAGCACGUGUAACAGUCUCAGCAAGUUCUGUCCGAAGCUUAAGCACCUGGACCUUACCUCAUGUACCUCAAUCACCAACCUGUCUCUCAAAGCUCUCAGUGAGGGUUGUCCACAGCUGGAGCAGCUCAACAUCUCUUGGUGUGAUCAGGUGAGCAAAGAUGGCAUCCAGGCCCUGGUGCGCUCCUGCCCUGCACUAAAGGGACUGUUCCUCAAAGGCUGCUCGCAGCUAGAAGAUGAGGCCCUGAAACAUAUUGGUGCCUACUGUCCAGAACUGGUCACACUUACCUUGCAAACAUGUCCAUCUGGGCAGCUGAUCACAGACGAAGGUCUCAUCACCAUUUGUAGAGGUUGUCACCACCUGCAGUCCUUGUGUGUCUCAGGCUGUCCCAGCAUCACAGAUGCUAUUCUCCACGCCCUUGGACAGAACUGCCCUCGCCUCAGAAUAUUGGAAGUAGCUCGCUGCUCCCAGCUAACAGACGUUGGAUUCACUACAUUAGCAAGGAAUUGUCAUGAACUCGAGAAAAUGGAUUUAGAAGAAUGUGUACAGAUCACAGACGCAACGCUCAUCCAACUUUCGAUCUACUGCCCUCGUUUGCAAGUCCUUAGUCUAUCGCACUGUGAGCUGAUCACCGACGACGGCAUCAGACACCUGGGCAGCGGGCCCUGCGCUCACGACCGUCUGGAGGUGAUCGAGUUGGACAACUGCCCCCUGAUCACAGACGCCUCGCUGGAGCACCUGAAGAGCUGCCACAGUCUGGACCGCAUCGAGCUCUACGACUGCCAGCAGAUCACUCGGGCUGGGAUCAAGAGACUAAGGACCCAUCUUCCCAACAUCAAAGUGCACGCUUACUUCGCUCCCGUCACUCCGCCUCCCUCCGUCGGAGGCAGUCGUCAGAGAUUUUGCCGCUGCUGUAUCCUGCUAUGAUGUAAAGACCUCAGCCCCCAUUUCCUGCGUCGCGUGUUCCCCCGUGGAUGGUCCCGCCGCCUGUCACAUGACCCUUCAACUGCUGUCCUCCCACUUUACCACCGCUCGUCAUAGACUACAUGCCGGUGCGUCUGCGUUUGGAGCUGCAGAGAGAGAGAGAGGGAGUGGAAUAACGUUACUUGGGUAUCCUUCUCCUCAAACAUUCCCAACUAUCCCAAACACACACACACACACACACACACCCACACACCCCAGUCAGCCCCCAGUCGGAUGUCGGGACGAUUCUAGGCAGUGUUCAGCAGAAGAGCCAGUAUUACAGAGGCUUGAAUCCAGUAUCGCCACCGUCGUCACAUGAAAAGUCCUUAGCAUCUAAAGUGAUUGUCCAGUAUUUACAGGCAUCCCCUCUUUUUUUGCACUUUGAGAAAAAAAAAAUACCGCGACAGAUGAUUUUGAGUAAGUAAAAAUACAAAAAAAUCCCACAUAGUCUGUCGACACAUCCCACAGCGUGUGUCGAAAGGUCACUUUACCGCUACCUCUGGAUGGGAACUGCACCUGCGUAGACCUAAAGCAGCAGUCUGUCAGGUGGUUAAAAAAAACAAAAACAUAUGCAGCUCUUUGCACUUAAAAGCAAUGAUAAGACACUUUAAAAAAAAUACACCAACGAUCCCAAAAUGUAAGACUAACCACACACACACACACACACUAUCAUUACUAUCACAAACCAAACCAUCAUUUGAAUGCGUACUCUGUUCUUGCUCCACCCGUGUCCUCACGCCCUCUCUCUGUUACAAUCAGAAGCUUCAGUUUGUUGUGGAAAAACAAAAACGUAGGUGAAGUGGAAGGAUUUAUACGUGGGGACGGGAGAAGAUGCCAAAUGUUGCAUGUAACAACUCUAGUUUUUUUGUUUUUUUGUUUUUUUUAACUGUAAAUAUUUAAAAUGUCUGAGAGUCACAGCCAGCUGCACAACAGAAGACGAUGAUGUCAGAGUGGACGGGGAACUUUGACGAAGCUUUGCAAAAACAAAAACAAAAAAAAACACGCCAGUACUUAUCUGGAGAAGAACUGAAACUGGCCAGAUAAGGAAAAACAAAAGACUUGUCACUACAGGAACUCGUGCUGUCAUAACAGGACAACGGACAGGAAGAGCCAAUCAGAACCCAUGCAAUUUUACUGAAUUAGAUUUUAAUGUGAAACCUUCUCGGUGACGGUUUCUGACGUUGACGCGAACCUCACCCUCGACAGUGAAAAGAAAGGACACGCGCGCGUUGUAUGGAGCGACGGCAGCAACUCCUCCACUCCCAUGAGGCCUUGCAGGGUUAGGAGAGAUGGCGUGUUGUACCCCGCCACCCGUGAUCCCCCCCCCCUCCCCCGUCUGUCUGGAGUCGUGAACACUGUUUGAGGAGACAACAGCCAGAUCUGAUCAUAUCAGAGCAGUCACUGUGAAAGGAAGUCGUCUGAAUCUUGAGUGCCCGCCGACAGACGGGACGGGAAGAUUUGUGUCACAGCAGGGGGCUGCCGUCUACUGCGGCCCAAACCCUAUGAAGUAUUGGAGCCUUUCUCUCCAACGAAAAACGUACUCUCCUGCACUUGCACCUGCUUCCUUCUUCGGUCCGUCUUUCUUCCCCUGUUUCGUUUUAAUACAGGCAUCUUUUACUGCUUUAUUUUAUUUAUUUUUUUUAACCUUCUCUACUUCUCCACCAUUUAGCAUUUCUCUCAUUUGCUGUGGUUUGGAUUGUGCCUGCUUCAUUUGGUGUUUGAUGUCACACGUUCUCCUAGGUUGAUUCUGGAGCCCUCUUCAGUUCUCUGUUUGGAUCCACAGGAGUUUGUUUUUAUUAAGCCCUAAUUGUUAUUGAGUGUCCACAGUUUAGCCUUUUGUCUGGGGGUGACGGGGGGGGGGGAAGGGGCGCAAUCAUGAUAAAUGUUGAAUGUGAGUUCGAUUUUUUUUAUGCGAACUAAAGAGGGGGAUAAUGAUGUAGGUUGUACUUGCUGAAUGUUCUCAUCCUCGGGAUGGCUAGACAAUAUCUUUUUGUUCCUUUUAAAGGUUAGCUUUCCUUGUUUUAAUGUUUUUUUGUGUGGCCGUCACUUUUCAUCCACUUUUCUAUCCUAAAAAGGUUAAAACCCUCUAAAAACUCAUAAAUGCCACAGACCUUCUGUAGUAACAACGGGCUCCAUUAGAGGGCAGUCUAAUCAGAAGUCAUCUCUUGAGCCAUUAGUUGAAGAAGUGUAGCUUUUUCCAACAAAGCAGGCCAAGCAUACACAACACUAAACCACCUGGAGAGCAUUAUUUAUUUCAAGAGUUAGAACUGAAAAAAGACAUUUUUAUAUGUCCGUCUUUCCGCCUUGACAAAAUAAUUGACAGCCCGUGUAGCCGACCCUCUGUCAUGAACUUUUCCCAGAAACAUCAAGCAAGAUAGUGGAACGUCUGUCCUGGUGUCACUAUCCAACUAAGUUAGGAUUCUCCUCUGUUUCUGAUUGGACAGCUGGACCAGACAGGGUAAUCCAGUCAGGCAUUACUCCGGUCUGAUCUGUUGUUGAACAGGAUCUUACUGUUGGAUUUCCAUCACAGAUUUAUAAUUGCAGUGGCUUCCCAUUAAUCCCUUCUUUGUGCUUCGGAGUCGGAGGAUUUAACCUUAACCUGAAUGUAAACUCCGGGUUUCCUGUUUGUGCAUUUUAAUGUGAAACGAUGACGGCGUGUGCUUUCAUCAAGGCUUUUGUACAAAUGACCCGCAGAUCCACAGGCGACGAUGGCGUUCGGUCUGCCUGAGUUACCAAACACACUACAGGCCUCCACGCGGCGUGACUGCUCCGUCAUAUCCCCGCGCCCCCCUUGGUCGACCCCCUCUUCCCUGUGUCCGUCUGUCGCACUUUCACCAGUUUACACAGCGGUUGAGCUUCUUUUUCGUGGAUGAUGAAGUGGGCAAGAAAACUACAGCGUGUGCGUGUGUUCACGGUAGAGCAGCAGAGAAACUUCAACAACUUUGACAAUGACUGUAGUUCAUAUGAUUACUGUAAAUCUUUUCCUUUCUUUCUUUUUUUUUACAAUUAACCGAUAUAAAUGAAUAUGUACGUAUGAAUAAAUAUAUACCUAUAUUA